ACAAAAGAAUCCAAAUAUCAGUCGAAAUUGUGUUUGUGAUCAAAACGCGCGUCAAAUCUAUACAAUGGGAGAAGAUACGUCGACAGAUAUGGAAACAAACACGUCCAAGGCAAAAUCCUUUUUUGGCAUCAACAAGAACUUGAUUUUGCUGAAAUUGACUCUUUUCUUUCUCUAUGGAGCAACAUCAUCUCUGGUUCCCUACUUGACAAUCCACAUGCAAAGCAUAGGAAUCUCCAUGGAACAAGUAGCUCUCAUCUAUUUAGCUCUUCCUUUCACUACCUUCAUAUCACAACCUCUGACGGGUUUGUUAGCAGAUAAAUUCGGAAGAUACAAGCCGUUGGUCAUUGGAUUGUUUCUUCUUACUGCUGUCUUACAUAAUGUUCUUCUCUUUUUUCCCCAACAAGAAACUCCCGGAACUGUUCCCGCUGGGUAUAUAAUCAGACACCCGAAGAAGACAUAUGUAGAGGUAUGGUGGAGUCCUUGCACAAGCAGAGAAUGUCCCGCAGAGGAAGAACUGGAUAUUGUCCUAGACAUGUGUGUUGAUCAUUGCCUAUUGAAAAACGCGAAACAUAAAAACCGAAAAGACAAGAAAGUAGUGCCAGUAGAUCUUGGUGAUGCAGAUGACCUACCUCUUCGAAUCGUCAAGAAGAAAGGGAACGAUACAGCAACUGCUUUCACUCUGGACAUGCAUCCGAACUUAGGAAAUCCAAUCGAACAGUUUGGUAUUGAGCUGGAAUCUGCUGAAGACGAUGCGGACAUAACCUCAUUCAACAAACGUUUCAGAGCUGGAAUCCUCAAGAAAAAUGGCGUGGACAUUAAAGAGCUUGAAAAUAAGGACUUGAGAUGUGGAGGAGUCAUCGAUCUGGAUAUGAAUACUAAAAAGCUACUCUCCAACGCCACCAGUGACUGCAUUAUACAGAAAUGCCAGUUCAGAUCAGGAGGACCGGAAGUUUGUCCCCCUGACUUCAAAGAGAUAGAUACCCGAACUUUCUGGCUAUAUUUUUUGGUUAGAUUCCUUGGCACUGUUGUCCAACUUGGAGCUGUGAUAAUCAUGGAUCCGGUAGCGUUGGCUAUGAUAGAGAAGCAUGGAGGAGACUUCGGAAAGGAACGUCUGUUUUCGAACUUGGGGAUGGCUAUAUUUUCUCCAAUAACGGGUGCUUUGAUAGACUUUGCUUCUGCGGAGUUGGGGUACACUGACUACUCUGCUGCCUUCUAUACAUUUGAUAUACUGCUUCUGUUAGCUUCCAUAACCCUCUUCUUCAUGCCUCUAGAGGCUAAAAUACCAGCGGAUAACGUCUUUGGAGACCUCUUCAACAUCUUCAAAAUGCCGGCAAUAGUACUUUUCAUCAUGUUCCUCUUCAUCCUUGGAAACAUUUGGGGAUUUAUUGAAAGCUACCUCUUCUUCUAUCUGAGAGAUCUGGGAGCACCCAACUCACUACUUGGCAUCACUGUAACAGUAGGAACGCUCAGUAGUCUGCCCUUCUUGUAUGGAGCAGAAGCUAUUACCAGAAAGAUUGGACACGUCAACGUCAUUAUUAUAGCUUUCUUCGCGCAUGCGGCUAGAUUGGUAGGAUAUUCCUUCAUAGAAAGUGCCUGGUGGUGCUUUCCCUUCGAAGCCAUGGAGUCUCUGUCGGUCCAUUUGAUGUGGGUGGCUGCUGCUACUUAUUGUGCUGUCCUUGCCCCCAAAGGACUCCUAGCAACCCUUAUCGGGGUGUGUGGAAUGGCACAUUACAGCAUAGGCAGGGGUAGCGGUAGCUUCGUAGGGGGGCACAUUAUCGCCAAAUUCGGAAUUCAAUUGGCCUUCAGAUUGGUAGGAGUCAUAGCAGUGUGCGCGGGGUUGCUGUAUGCUUUCCUUCAAUACGCUUUGCUGAGAAAUGUAACGAAAAUCGAGGAUGAUGACGACACAAGUUCAGAAGAAUCUCUCAGAUUCACCGAGCCUGAGCCCAAGUUCAAAGACCAGGGUACGAUGGUGAGCAUGGAACGACUUAGCUUAGUUGUGGAGUACAACCCAAGCGGUUCGAUUACUUCGCUUGGAAGAAGACAUUCUGUUAGAAGACACGAGAGUAUGCGAAGGUCAAGCUUGGGCCCGUUAGCCAAAACGAGGCAAUCUAAUUCCAAAAUUGAUCUGUUGAAGUCGGCUCUCGAAAUAAACCAUGGGAGAUUGAGGCACAACAGUGAGAGGGAUUCUUCAAAUCACAAAUUAUAUAAAAGCGCAAGCUUGAUACAACCAGACAAAGAAGACUCGAUUCCCAACGAGAAAGAUGAAAUUGUUUAUGACGAAAUCAAGAGAAAGGCUCAGAAGGAACAACAAAAGAGCGCUGAGAAGUUGGAGAAAAAACUAACCUCUUCUGAAAACGUCACUGCAUCCGAAACACUCUAUGAGGAGAUCAAAACGAGGUCGGAAGAUGUUCCCAAAGCUGUUCCCUAACAUUUUCUGAGUUUAGGUCCUGAAUUCGAUUUCGGCUGUGUCAGUCGAUUACAAUUAGUUUCUUCAAUAAAAAUAUAUCAGCAACUAAGUCA